AUCGUCGACAUCGAGGAGAUUUUAUUCUUCAAUGUCGUUAGCCUUGUUCUCCGCACCGGCUUCGAAGACGCCUGUUACGAACACAUACUACUAGUCAAAUCAAGGGAAGAUAACCAAUGAAUUCAGCUAAAAAAAAGAUGCUGAUUGAGGGGCCUGUUCCUACACCGUGCACGAUUGUUCAACAUUCUUUUCGGCUGACAUUCCGCAAGGGAAGAAUGAAGUCAGACGUCACCGUAGAUUACAUAUCCAAGCACUGCCCAGCAUUUCUUGGUGGUGGCUGCCCAUAUGCCAAGCUUGCCCAAGAAAAGAAAGGCGUCUGUGCCAAAUGUCCUCCUUUCAACAAUGGUUGCCCUUUCAAACAAUGCAAGACCGUGGGUGAGCUUCAAGACAUGAUGGGUCAGAUGCGUGACCAGUGCAAAGGCGAAGCUCAAUGGAUCGAGUUUUUGAAGGAUGUCGUCUUUCUUAGUAAGGAAAAACAUGUAGAGCACAGAACUCAAAGCCUCUUCAAGGGUGGCUGCCCCUUUGCCAAAGACACUGCAGGAAAGGAGAUUUUGAAACCUGCAUACAUUGAAUGUUCCUAUUCUUUGACGGUUGAAGAGAUCGUCAAGAAGUGUCCAGUUUUUGGUAAAGGUGUGUGCCCAUAUACAGGUCUUGUUGAUGAAAUGAAAGGAAUCGCCGAAAACUGCCCUGGUUUCAAAGACGGAUGUCCCUUCAAGAAUCUGACAACCAUGGGUGAGUACGCGGGCAAACUAGCCGAAAUGCGAGAUAAGACUACCACUCCAAAGGGUCGGGCUGCAUUCGAGAAGUUGAUAAAGAGGGUUCAUGAGAUCUCCAAGGAGGCUGAGAAGAAGGCUGGACCUUGGCCAUUCCCUCCAGAUACCUGCCCAGUCUUUGCCCGUGAUGCACAUGGAAAGCGCAUCAUGCCAAAAUACAAUUAGGCUUCCUCACAGUGGAAGAAGAAGGACCGGACUGAGCCAACUAACGUAUAAGUAGAUUUUUUUCAGAAGUGACUUUUAGUUCCAUUUCGGUGUCUUGUUUAAGGGUAGUUUCAGUCAGUUUCCUCCCGAUGUUUUACCUUUUAGAUAUAGGUUUUGGUGUUGGGAUCUUUAUUGGUUGGGAAAGAAGCCUAGCUCGGUACAUGAUGAGAUGAUAAGAUAGGUAUCAAAUUAUCUAUGGAGAGUUCCCGCUCAUUCAGCCGGGCUGUAACGACCCCAUUCCUUCGUGUAGUGUGUAUGGAAUUGCCUGAGUAAAUGAUGCUACUUUGUAGUAUUUUGUUAUAUGUGUUCCUCGCUACUAGAUGUUUCGGCGUUGGGCUUUUUUUGAAGAGAGUUUUUUUACUUAUUUGGCAAUAAACAACUCCCCUCCCGGUUUUCAAAGAAUUUGUCCUAUAACGAGACCAACGUAGGAAUUUUUAGGCCAUUCUUUGGUCAUAUUUGCAUCUGAUCUUGUCUUCAAGUGCAGCUUCAACACAAUAACAGUAUUCAACCUUUUAUCUAGGAAUACAAUAACAAUAAAGCU